UGGCUGCUGCCGUGGGCGGCGGUGCCGCGCGUGCGCCGUGGCGUGAGUGGGAAGCGGCAAGCCCGCGCGCGGCGGGGUGGUAACGGCAACGGCGGCGGCAGCAGCAGCAGCAGCGCUGUUGGGGGUCCUCACUGGGUGCCCCCUCGCCGGGCAGCCCUUCACCGGUGGCCCUCGCUUUCCGCCGCCCUCCUCCUCGCCACCGGUAGCCGUUUCUUCCUGCCCUGUUCCUCGCCUCGCCUCGUUGCGCGCAGGCGCACCCCCACAAUGGCGAGCAAGGAAGUGCUGGAGGACACGGUGGAAGAACGCGUCAUCAGCGAGGAGUACAAGAUCUGGAAGAAAAACACCCCCUUCUUGUACGACUUGGUGAUGACACAUGCUCUGGAGUGGCCCAGCCUCACGGUGCAGUGGUUGCCUGAUGUGACUAGGCCAGAAGAGAAGGAUUAUGCUCUACACUGGCUGGUUUUGGGAACACACACAUCUGAUGAGCAGAACCACCUGGUUGUUGCAAGAGUCCAGAUUCCCAAUGAUGAUCAGUUUGAUGCCUCACAAUAUGACAGUGAGAAAGGAGAGUUUGGUGGCUUUGGAUCUGUGACUGGCAAAAUUGAAACAGAGAUUAAAAUUAACCAUGAAGGUGAAGUAAACCGUGCUCGUUACAUGCCCCAGAAUCCCCACAUUAUUGCUACAAAAACACCUUCUGCAGAUGUGUUGGUAUUUGACUACACUAAACAUCCUUCAAAACCAGACACAAGUGGAGAGUGUAAUCCUGAUCUUAGAUUAAGAGGGCACCAGAAGGAAGGCUAUGGUUUAUCAUGGAACUCAAAUUUGAGUGGACAUCUUCUCAGUGCAUCAGAUGAUCAUACCGUGUGUUUAUGGGAUAUAAGUGCUGGACCAAAAGAAGGCAAAAUUGUUGAUGCAAAAGCAGUCUUUACUGGGCACUCAGCAGUAGUAGAAGAUGUGGCAUGGCAUCUGCUCCAUGAAUCUCUGUUUGGAUCUGUGGCAGAUGACCAGAAGCUGAUGAUAUGGGACACAAGAUCUAACACCACAUCCAAGCCAAGUCAUUCUGUGGAUGCUCAUACAGCUGAGGUCAACUGUCUGUCCUUCAAUCCUUACAGCGAGUUCAUUCUAGCAACAGGUUCUGCUGACAAGACAGUGGCUCUAUGGGAUCUUCGAAAUUUAAAAUUGAAACUCCAUUCUUUCGAGUCUCAUAAAGAUGAAAUUUUUCAGGUUCACUGGUCUCCUCAUAAUGAAACAAUUCUUGCUUCAAGUGGCACUGACCGUCGGCUUAAUGUAUGGGAUCUAAGUAAAAUUGGGGAAGAGCAGUCUGCAGAGGAUGCAGAAGAUGGGCCUCCUGAGCUGCUGUUUAUUCAUGGAGGACACACUGCCAAAAUUUCAGACUUCAGUUGGAAUCCUAAUGAGCCUUGGGUAAUCUGUUCUGUAUCAGAGGACAACAUAAUGCAGAUAUGGCAAAUGGCAGAAAACAUUUACAAUGAUGAAGAUCCAGAUAUAGCAGCAGCUGAACUGGAGGGUCAAGGAAACUAACUUUUCUUCCUUAAGGAAAUACUGGGUGUGACAUGGGAAUAUAAUUUGACUACUGUAUACAUUAAAAAAAAACAAACCUAAAAUACCCCGAAACCCCGAAAAACCCCCAAAAGCCUAUGCACAAAAAAAAACCCAACAACACAAAAACUCCCUGAACAAACAAAACAACCAAAACAAAAAACAAACAGUGGACAGAAGCAUCAGAGGCAUUCCAGACAAAUGGGAAAAGUCUUCAUUAAAGACAUAAUUGGACAUAAAAAGGUUGUAUAGUGAAGUUGUCAUGGGAAACCCUUGGGCACCUGGAGCUAUUGAGCACUGUACAGCAAUUAGCUUUUUGGGAAAAUAAGAAUGACUUAAUACCGAUGUCUAUAUUUUUAAACAAGCUUAGUGGUUUUCUGUAAAUAGUCAAAUACUCACUCUUCCCACAUAAAAAGCAUGCAAAAAAAAAGUUUUUAUUAAUAUGUAAAAAGAGCUUUUCACUUUUACACAACACUUUUGGAUUGGC